UCAGCCCUCGCCAGCAGGGAUACUUCGCUCACAGCCAACAUUCCAGUACCCUAAGUCUCCUGGCUCACCAGGGUAUUCAAUGUUUGGUACAGGUUCUGGCAGGCCAUACCGUAUACCCCACCAGGCAUCACCAAGCAUCACAAUGCUCUGCAACGGCCAAGAGGUCAUUGUACGCAUCGGAAACUUUCGCCAUGAUACGGCAACUGUGGAGCUUCGCACCAUGCCAGUGAAUCCUGGUCACCUGCAUGUGUGGCAGCUGGCAGCGACACUCAACUUCUCAUCUCUCCCAUCUCCAUGCAAACAGAGUGACACGUUCCGACCAUCUCUCGCUGUAAGUCCAACACAGACUGACCUGAUUUUCUUUGGGUUCGGUCCUCAUCCACUGUGCAAUCAAGUAUUCGUGUGGACAGAGGACACACUUCACAAACUAAACAUCACAGGCGGUGAACGGGUUGCUCACUAUCUGCAUUCAAUAGCAGCUCUCCCGUACAACGUUGAUGGAAAGUCCAAGAAGCCCUAUCGACUCCUCUCCUAUGGUGGGUUAUUGUGUGAUUCUCUUCGGGCUAAACUACGUGAGAACUGCAUUGCGUCGAAUGUCUUUUGGCAAUUAGUUAUCCACAAUUCCAGCAAGGAGGGAACAUGGCAGCAAGUACAGGUCACGGAUACCUGGAUGAACCCACCAGCCUUAGUCGCACCAACACUUUUGAGCGCAGGUAGCUCGAUCAUCUUAACUAGUGGUUUCACUGAAACAUACUAUCAACUAAAAAGGAACGAGCGACUAUGGACUCUCAACUUUGACCAUGAUGGAAAUGGAAGCAUUUUUCUCUGGAGUCGCUUCACACCGUUUUUCAGCCGCCUGCGGCAGACAGAAUCGCUAAUAGUUCCAAUAAAGGCCGCCUAUAUCCAAGCAACAGCUACACUGCUACUGCUCAACAUAGAAGAUAACAUAAUCCGGCAGAUGACUUGUUCCACUUCACAGAAGUCUAUGAACUGCAACAACAGAUACGGGGUUCUUGUAAAUCACAUUCCUGCGAUUGUAUCAAUAUCAAACUUCCUAGUGACAACGGCUGUACUUCCAGUGUUUGGAAAUGAGCAAAUAGUUAUCGAGCUCAUUAUACAGCCUGUUUCAAAUCUUUCAUUUCCAGAAGCAACCAGAGGAUCCUACAUCCUAUUCAACAGCCAUCAGAGACAAGUUAAGUUCCCAGGUGAAAGUGGCUGCGCAGAUUCACAGUCAAUCAUCCUGGUGUCAGCGGACAGCAGAGAAACAGUAACAACACUAGCUGGAUGGUGUCCGCCAAAGUGGACUCGGCCCAUAAAUGCACACGUAGCGAUGUAUAAGGACAUAACUGUUUUUUGGACGAUGACUGCGCCAGGCUCGGAAUACAACAUUCAGAUGCAGCAAAGAAAUUCCUCGAUGGGAAGAAAUGAAGUACAUGUACAAGGAAGGCGACUGGUUCAACUAGCAAAAAACAAUGUUAUUGUAAGUGGUGGUGGUGACAGAAAAGAUAUUUGUAGAUCCAUUCCUCGACGCGUGGAGUGCUGGAAUACCCAAACUAACGAGGUGCACAGAGUCAAUCACACCAUAGAGAAAAUGCCAGGGCCACUGGUGUACCACGCAGCAAUGCAGCACAAUGCAACAAGUAUAAUAGUGUAUGGUGGCUUCCUCUCUCUGUGCACAGAGCAUGAUAGCAGCCAGUCAGACAUCUGGUUAUUGUCCUUCCACAAUCUUGAUCAGUGCCAAGGGACAUGGACUGAGCUUAGUCACAAAGUUCAACACGGACAACUAGCAGCACGGGCAGGGCACACAGUAGCUACAGUUGAUGGCUUGCAUUACAUAUUCGGCGGCCACCUCAACAGAUCAUACUGCGAGGAAUCACUGACCGUGCUCAACGUUUCAGCAGAUGCAAACACCAUCACCAUUCACAAGCUUGGCCUCUCUACCUGUUUACAAACUCGUAGCUACUCGACAUUGGUGCAUUACACCGAAAACGGACUACUGCUGUUCGGAGGAACAAAUACGUUACUGAGCGAAGAUGAGCUAUCCAUAGCAUACCUCGUACAAUUCACCUUUGGAGAUUUGCAGCAAACUGCACAAGCAGUAGCGUUCUUCAGGCAUGAGCCAAUCACUAACCAUGAGAUUGUUACAGGUAGCAAUGUGCUCUACAUUUUGUCAGGCGUACGUCCAAGUCACCUCAGAACGGAAGAGAGAUCGCCGGCAUACAGCAAUCCCCACUAUUCAACAAUACAGCGCCGUCACCUCUGCCCUGUUGGACAGGAAAGAACCGACAACGACACCUGCCAGCCAUGCCCGACAGGAUACUACUCAGAUACACUACAAGGCAACUGUACCGAGUGCGAAGGAUACUCAACGACAAACGGCACAGGUUCGUGGCAGUGCUACAUGCCCUCUCCGUGCAAGUCAACAACAUGCCAUGGGCACGGGACCUGUACAGUGGAGGAUUUCCAGGCCUCGUGUACAUGCCACUUUGGAUACGUGCCCUACGAUCAGUGUCAAAUACCGCUGGUCUACCUUGGCAUCACUGCUGUAAUGCUGGUUACCACUCUUGCAUUGGCAUACGCCAUCCUCAAGUACAAGCAACGCAAUCGCCAGCUGAACGCAAAGGAGAAAGAGCUACAGGACAAGCACAAAGAGCUGCGCGUUUCGCAGAAGAAGCUGCACCAGAUCAACACUGGUGCGCGCAUACAAUGGUCGCAGCUGACCCGCCGACAGCGCCUCGCCAAAGGGCGCUUCUCGCAAGUCUGGCUCGCUGAGCUGUCAGACAUGCUGGUAGCUGUCAAGCUACUGCCCGCGUACACAGGCAGGAAUUCUCACACAGAUGAGUUUGUGCAAGAAGCAGAGGUGCUCCGAUCCAUACGCCAUCCUAACAUCGUAAUCUUCCUGGGAGCCGGUCAAGAUCCUGCUACCAGGCGGCCAUUCUUCGUGAUGGAGUUCCUGAAAAGAGGAUCGCUGUAUGGCGUUCUUCACGACACAUCCAAUGUCUUCACUCACCAAGACCACCUUCGUUUCGGACUGGACACAGCAAAGGGUAUGGCAUACCUACACGCAACAAAUCCACCGCGCAUACACAGAGAUCUCAAGAGUCCAAACUUGCUCGUCAGUGACAAGUGGGUGGUGAAGAUUGCCGACCUGGAGACCUCACGUUUCAUGGCGAUAUUCGAGCAAGACAAACCCCAGAAGCAAUGCCGCAGCACAGCAACAGCCGCCGCCUCCAACACACCCUCGUGUAAUCAAGAAACGCGCGACGCCAAGCCCUGCAACGACAUGGAGAUGACUGAACAAUCACAAAACGAUAACACCAGCAUCAGCACUAGCAGCAUGACUGUGCCUCUGCUCACCAACAUCGCAACCAACCAUGGCGAGACAUACCAACAUUACUCAGCCAAGGUUCUGACACGCGGUGUUGGCACACUCUGCUGGUCCUCACCAGAGUGUUUAAAACAGGAGAGCUAUGAUGAAAAAACCGACAUCUACAGCUACGGUGUAGUCUUGUGGGAAAUCUUCACCCGACAACUGCCAUAUAGCCACCUUAGUACGGAAGAAGAGAUUGUGAAAGAAAUCGUUGAUGGCCGUGGUCUUCCACUACCCGCCCAUAUGCCCUACGACUAUCGCCACCUCAUCGAGGCAUGCAUGCGCACGGAGCAAACGUCACGACCGGCCUUCCCCGAAAUCAUUGCACGACUCGAGGAGCAGCAAAUCACCGUCGCGCAGUGAGUGCGGCAGAUACGAGCAUGGGCACUGCAAUGGCACCCACGAUUCGCCAUGCUCCACUACUGCCCAUAGGCCCCGGGCGCAAUGAGUGCGGCAGAUACAGGCACUGCUACUGUAAUGCCAGACACAAUUCGCCAUGCUCCUCAGCUGCCCAUAGGCCCAGUUGAACAGCAGCCACAAACGAACUGAUCAUGUCAAUGGGUCUGCCUGAUACAGAUCACUCUACACAGCAUAUGACAUUAAUGCAUCUCCACAGAAAAUUCCUUUCACACAGCAACGCCGAGAAGGUUACAGACCCAGCGGUGAGAAUCAUCUGCAUACGUGUGUUUUAAAAGACUCUCCUUUUUAUUGCACAGAACAUCUUGCACAGGUGCCAUGCAUUAUGCAUUUAGAAUAUUUUUUAAAUCAUUUCUACCCACAAACACAAAACACUACUUACUGCUGAU